AUGAUGCAAAACACUGGGUUAUGGCCUUGGCUGCUUGCCUUAGGUAAGGUUAAUGAUGAUGCAAAACACUGGGUUAUGGCCUUGGCUGCUUGCCAUAGACAUCUGCUCCACCAUUGUUUCCAAGCCUUAAUGGACCAUGGAGCUCGAACAGCUUUCCAACUAACUAAGGCUUACUGCCAGCGUUGUUCAGUGAUAUCCACUUCUUCAGAGGAUCGGAGGUUGAGCACUAUCAAAUUGGGUCUUUCGUUAGGAGGAUUCCUCAGUGAUGCAGGCUGGUUUCCUGAAAGUGAAAAAGUGAUUGUUUCUUGUCUAAAACUGUGUGAAGAAAAAGAUGAUGCAAAACACUGGGUUAUGGCCUUGGCUGCUUGCCUUGUGUUUUAA